CGUGUAUCAAAGCACAGACUUCCUGUUUUGCCUGCUGGCAUCUCCCUGUAAAUAUCCCAGUCUUACAGGAGUGAUCCCUGUCCCAGCCCCUGGAACCUGGAAAAGGGCAGGGACAACAAGCCCAGCGUCCAGGAUGUUCACCAUGACAAGAGCCAUGGAAGAGGCUCUGUUUCAGCACUUCAUGUACCAGAAGCUGAGGAUCGCCUAUGCCAUACACAAGCCAUUUCCCUUCUUUGAGGGCCUCCUAGACAACUCCUUCAUCACUCAGAGAAUGUACACGGAAUCUCUGGAAGCCUGUAGAAAUUUGGUCCCUGUAUCCAAAGUGGUGCACAACAUUCUCACCCAACUGGAGAGGACUUUUAACCUGUCUCUUCUGGUGACAUUGUUCAGUCAAAUUAACCUGCAUGAAUAUCCCAAUCUGGUGACGAUUUACAGAAGCUUCAAACGUGUUGGUGAACAGCAGAGCAGAGCUUCUUGUGAACAGCAGAGCAGAGACACACCAAUCCUACUUGAAGCCCCAACUGGCCUAGCAGGAGGAAGCUCACUGCGUACCCUGCUGCCGCUGCCCCCACCACAACCCCCUCAACCAAGCUGUUCAUCCUGUGCACCAAGAGUCAGUGAGCCUGGAACAUCCUCACAGCAAAGCGAUGAGAUCCCGAGUGAAUCACCCAGCCCAUCUGACCCUACCCUGCCUCUUCCUGGACUCAUCCAGGAAGGAAGGAACACUCCAGUGACCAAUGACAAGUUAACACCCAAAAUGAAUGAGGAAGAAGACUCAAAAGAGAUGCCCAGCCUCCUCGCUAGCACUGUACAAGUGACCAGUGACAACCUGAUCCCCCAAGUAAAAGAUAAAGAAGGCCUUCAAGAGAUGCCCCACUCUCCCUUGGGCCCUAUGCUAGAGAUAAGAGAUGAUGGUCUAGAACCAAAUGACCCAGAAGAGCCCCAGGAGGUAUCCAGCACGCCUUCAAGCAAGAAAGGAAAGAAAAGUAAAAGAUGUAUCUGGUCAACUCCAAAAAAGAGACAUAAGAAGAAAAGCCUUCCAAGAGGGACAGCCUCACCUAGACAUGGAAUCGAAAAGAAGCUCGAAGUGGUGGAUCGGGUUCCUCAAAAGAAAGAUGACUCAACUUGGAAGUCCACGGUAAUGACAAGGGCCCAGAAGGCGAGAACUCAGCGUGCCCGAAAGUCUAGAUCAGAAGAGAUCAGUGAUGACACUUCAAAAAUGAAUGAAGGAAAGAGGAACCAAGAGACGCCUAGCACACCAUCAAGGGUCAAGCAAGAAAAGAGGAGAAAAGAACAUGGCCUGUCAAGUUCAAAAAGAAAACAGAAAAAAAAACUCCCAAGAGGGGCAACCUCACCUGGGCAUGACAUCCAAGAGAAGCUCCAAGUGGUGGAUAAGGUGACUCAAAGGAAAGAUGGCUCAGCCUGGAACUCAAAGGUCAUGACGAGGGUCCAAAAGGCCAGAAAGGAAUGUACCCAAAAGUCCAGAUCGGAAGAAAAGAAAAGGGAAAAAGAUAUCUGUUCAAGUUCAAAAAGGAGACUUCAGAAAAACAUUCACCGAAGAAAAAAACCCAAAAGUGACACUGUGGAUUUUCACUGGUCUGAGCUCUUUGUGACCUGUGGUGAGGCAAAAGGGAUUUUAUAUAAGGAGAAAAUGAAACACGGAUCCUCAACGAAGUGCAUUCAGAAUGAGAAGGGAGCUUGGCUCACACCAAAAGAAUUUGAAAUUGAAGGAAAAGGAAGAGACACAAAGAACUGGAAACGGAGUAUAUGUUACGGAGGAAAGCCCCUGUUAGAGCUGCUGAAGUGGAAAAAGUCGGAUGAAUGCGAGGUGUGCUGUAAAGAGGGACAACUUCUCUGCUGCGGUACUUGUCCACGAGCCUUCCAUGAGGACUGUCACAUCCCCCCUGUGGAAGCCAAGAGGACCCCCUGGAGCUGCACCUUCUGCAGGAUGAAGAGGUCUUCUGGAAGCCAGCAGGGCCAUCAUGUAUCUAAGAUCCUGGAGAGGCAGAUGCAGCCUCCAGAACAGUUGAAAUGUGAGUUCCUCCUUUUGAAGGCCUACUGUCAUCCACAAAGCUCCUUUUUUACUGCCAUCCCACUUAAUAUUCGAGAUUAUGGUGAGCCCUUUCAGGAAGCGAUGUGGUUGGACCUGGUUAAGGAAAGGCUGAUUACGGAAAUGUACACGGUGGCAUGGUUUGUGCGAGACAUGCGCCUGAUCUUUCACAACCAUAAAACAUUCUACAAGGCUUCUGCCUUUGGCCAGGUAGGGCUUGACUUAGAGGCAGAAUUUGAAAAAGAUCUCAAAGAUGUAUUCGGUUUUCAUGAAGCCAAUGACAGCAGUUUCCGGACUCCUCCUUGAACCUGUUCCGGAAAGGCUGAAGCAUCUCAACCUCAGGAUCCAGCUGAUGAGGCCCUGGCCUGGACUGUUGAUCACCAGUGAGCCUGGGAUGUAACUGGCUGCCCUCAGGACCCAAACCCAGACCCUUCAAAGGAUUAUCACACCCUCCACCACCUUUAUUCUUUCUCUUUGCCUUUGAAAGGCUAUAUCUACACUUAAAAAGAAAUUAGUACUUCCUUAACACCAUCAGAUACCCCAUCAGAGUUCAUAUUCUCCCCACUGUCUCAUAAGUCUUUUUAGACUUGAUUUGUUCAAAUCAGGAUCUAAACAAGCUUCACACAUUGCAUUUGGCUCACCUGUCCCUAUGUCUUAUUUUAAGCUAUAAAUUGCCAUGUAUUUAUUGAAGAACUCAGGGUUUUUGUCCUAUUAAAUUUUUAGAGUCUUCUGGUUGCA